AUGAAGUUAAACUUAGCCACUGCCACCUUAGUUUUAGCUGCUCUUUCACAAGCUGCUGUUAUGCCAGCAGCAACAGUUGAAUAUUCAUUAACUACAAGAGAAUUAGAAACUGUUAACAAUGCUUUAGCUAAUUUACAAACUUUCAAUAGAAAAAGAUCAAUAAUGUCACCACAAGAUUUAGCAAAAAGAGAAUCACAAAUUGUUACUGAUAUUUUAACAAUUGUUAAAGAUACAAAUUUAGCUCCAACUGUAUUGGAAUGGUUUAUUAGUGAUCCAACAUUAUCUAAAAUUGCAAUUGAUGUUAUUGUAUCAGCUAUUAAAAAUGGUUGGAUUAAUCUUGGUACUUUAUUAAAAUCAUUAAAUGAUUCAGGUUUAGCAGUUAGUGUUAUUCAAGAUUUAAUUAAUGAUUGUGCAUUUUAUGCUCAAAUUUUUAAAAUUGUUGGUGAAGUUUUAGCUGAUUUACCAAAUAUAAUUGGUAAUUUAUUAGGUUUAAAUCAACAACAAGUUACUGAAGGUGUUAAUAAAGCUAAAAGAGAAUAUUUAGAAGCUGUUCAAGCUGCUGAAUUAGCUAAAAGAGAAGAACCAGUUCAAGUUUAUUCAAGAGAUACUCAAGAGAUUUUAACAUCAUUAUUUGAAUCUUUAAAAAAUUCAGGAUUAGCUAACCAAGUUGUUGAAGCAUUAGUUGUUGAUGAUGAUUUCUACACAUUUGGUGCUAAUUUAAUUGAAGAAUUAUUUAAACAGAACGCAAUUUCAUUAAGUGAAUUAUUAAGUGAUUUAAUUGAUUCUGGUUUAAUUCCAUCAUUAAUUAAAGCUUUCUUAAAUAUUGAUACUUUAAAAACUAUUAUUGUUAAUGCUUUAGCUGCUGCUUUUGGUAAUUGUAAAGAUACAACAACUACAUCAACUUUCGCUACUACCCCAACAGGUUCUGCAGCUCCAACUAUUACUACUGGUACUCCAGAUGCUUCAAUUACUUCAUUAUUAUCAAUUACAACUACCGGUGGUCCAUCAAAAUGUAAAAAGAAAAGAAGAGCAUACUAA